AUGGUGGCCACAAAAGAAUUCCAAGUAAGGGUCAAAAAGAGGGAGAGAGUGGUGCCAAUGCACCCAAUAGUGCAGCAUAAUUUACCACUCUCCAACUUAGACUUGCUAUUGCCUCCUAAAGAUGUGGGUGUCUUUUUAUGCUAUAAAAGGCCAAGUUAUAGUUACCGAUUUUGGUCAUUUGAGCUAAUGGUUAGCACUCUGAAAACAGCCUUGGCUCAAGCUUUGGUUCAUUUUUACGUGUUUUCCGGUGACGUCGUUCGCAAUUCUAAGGGUGAAGCCGAGAUCUUGUGCAACAACCAAGGAGUUGAGUUCGUUGAAGCUUACGCUAACAUUGAGCUAUGUGAGCUCAACCUUCAUAAUCCGGAUGAGAGCGUUGAGGGCAAGUUGUUGCUUCCCAAGCAAAGUAGGGUGCUCUCUGUACAGGCUACAGAGCUGAAAUGCGGAGGAAUAGUAGUUGGCUGCACAUUUGACCAUCGAAUUGCAGAUGCAUACUCAGGCAACAUGUUCUUAGUAUCAUGGGCUGAGCUAGCAAACUCAAAACCACUUACAAUGAUGCCCUCUUUUACAAAAUCUUUCCUCAAUCCUCGACUCCCUUCUUCUUAUGAUCCCUCAUUGAAUGAUAUGUACAUCCCUAUUUCAACCUUAUUACCUCCUAGAGAAAACAAUAAUGAAACUCCACCAUGUCGAAACGAUCCCCUUCUAAGCCGCAUAUAUCAUGUCAAUGCUAAGGAAAUAAGUCAUCUCCAGUCUCAAACAAAUGGGACUAAACUCGAAUCUUUCAGCGCGUUCAUGUGGAAGUUGAUCUCGAAGCAUGCUAGCAUAUCACAAAAUGAGCCAAAAGUCGCAAGUUCGAUAACAUGUAAAAUGGGCAUUGUGGUAGAUGGUAGGACAAGACUUGUUAUCAAUAAAGGAGAUAAUAACAGCAUGCACAAAAAGGAAAUAAUUGGUUGUUAUUUCGGAAAUGUUCUUUCAGUUCCUUUUGGAGAGAAAAAACUAAGUGAUUUAAUUGAAAAGCCGUUGAAUUUAAUAGCACAAGACGUGCACGAGUUUUUAAGAAAGGUAAAGAGUGACGAGCAUUUUCGAGACUUGAUCGACUGGGUGGAAGUCCAUCGUCCUAAGUUAUGUCUAGCAAAGAUUUAUAGUAAUGGGAGGGAUGACGGACCGGCGUUCGUAGUGUCGUCUGGGCAGCGAUUUCCGGUGUCGAAGGUUGAUUUUGGUUGGGGUAAACCAAUAUUUGGAUCAUAUCAUUUUCCAUGGGGUGGAAAUGCAGGGUAUGUUAUGCCAAUGCCUAGUAGCAAAGGAAAUGGUGAUUGGAUUGUAUACAUGCACCUUACACAAGGGCAAUUGGAAUUCAUUGAAAAGGAAGCUAGUCAUGUAUUCAAACGUUUCAAGCUCUUCUAA